AAACGAGAGUAAACCGGGUUAUCUGAGACCAGAGUCAUCUGUUUUAUUCUGAUCGUGUUUUCUUAGAGAAAUGAAUCUGUUGAUGUGCUAAAGCCUCGACUGUGUGUGUUUUCCAGCAGCAUCUCUGUCAGGAUUCACUCAUGACCGGACACUGGCGAAGCUCCAAGGCUGUUUGAAAGAGCAGAGAAGCAGGCGAGAUGUUGGACUGCAAGGGUGGUGGGCCGAGGGUUCGGUCCUGGCUUACUUUGAUCUCAGGGUUGCUGGAGUGUCUGGGGUUCGCAGGGGCCGUUUUCGGCUGGGCAACGCUGGUGUUUGUGCUGAAGACCGAAGGCUACUUCAGCAGUCUGUGUGUAAACGCCACCAUCAACGGAACCGCUGUUGAAGAUUGCAGUAGACAGGAUGAGCAGUUCUCCCUCAUCUUCACCAUCGCAUCCUUCAUGAACAACUUCCUCACGCUGCCAAACGGCUUCCUGUUUGACCACUUCGGGACCACCGUUGCUAGGCUGCUGGGAAUAUCGGUUUACACUGCAGGAAUGUUGUUAAUAGCCUUUUCCACUCCAGCGAGCUCCAUCCUGCUCUUCCCGGCUCUGUCCUUCAUCGCUGUGGGAGGAAUUCUGUUCCUGGUCACCAACAUUCAGGUGGGGAAUCUCUUCGGCGCUCACCGCUCCACCAUAAUCACUCUGUAUAAUGGAGCCUUCGACUCUUCCUCUGCGGUUUUCCUCGUCAUCAAGCUGCUGUUUGAGGAUGGCGUGUCUCUGCGAGUGUCUUUCCUCUUCCUGGCCUGCUGCAGUGUCAUUCAUCUGUUCCGCACGUUUGUGCUGAUGCCUCGUACUCACAUCCCGUAUCCGCUGCCGGAGAACUACAGCUACGGGGUGAACUGUGGAGUAACUCGGGAUUAUGACGUUGCAAAGACUGAAAAUAAGAACAUCCAGACUUCUGAGUCUGAGGAGGAAAGGCCAUUUAAAGAGACUUCUGUCCCAGGCCAAAACACAGUCAUAACAGAGCGUAGUUUCAAGAGCUGUCUCCUGUCCUGGUUCUUCUUCUGGCAUCUGCUGUGGCUUUCUGUGAUGCAGCUGAGACACUACCUGUUCAUCGGGACCUUAAACCCGAUGCUGAAUCAUCUGUCCGCUGGAGACCCAGGCCUCGUCAGUAGAUAUACAAAUGCGUUUGCGUUCACCCAGCUGUGUGGGAUCCUGUGCGCGCCCUGGAACGGCCUCAUCAUGGACCGCCACAAGAGAAAGCAGCGGGAACCAGGUCAAAGUGAGCGAGAAGCAGACCUGAAGGCAGCGAUAUUGUCUCUGUCGCUGACGGCGCUGCAGUGUGUGCUGUUCUCAGUGUGUGCCGCCACCCCCAUCCUUCCCCUGCAGUACCUCACAUUCAUCCUACAAGUGCUCAACAGAUCAUUCCUCUACGGAGGAAACGCGGCCUUCAUCAGCGUGGCGUUUCCGUCGGAGCAUUUUGGAAAGCUGUUUGGAACGGUGAUGGCUCUGUCAGCCGUGAUCUCGCUGCUCCAGUAUCCCUGCUUCGCCCUCAUUAAAGGACCGCUGGAUGGAGACCCUCUUUACGUGAACGUCGGUCUGACCGUUCUGAGUCUCCUGGCCUUCAUCAACCCUCUGUAUGUUUACCUGCACUGCCGGCGUCAGGCAGCCCAGAGAUCCUCAACAUAAGCGCUCCAGGCAAAGGGAAUGUCAACCUGACCUCUGACCUUUAAAACUGGUUUCUGUUACUUGUUAGUUUUUCUAUACAAAACCUAACAAAAAAGUAUAGUGGAAAGAAAUAUGUUACUAACCUCAGUGGCCUGUCCUGCAGAGGUCGACUCUUGACCUGUGAUGUUAUCUGUGCUGAUCACAGCAGGAAAUGAGCGCUCCUUACUAACUCCCUCAGGUAUAUUAUUGUUGGAUCUUGCAGUGCGAUCAUGCACGUUCACACGCAUGCGUGUAAGAAUAUUAUACACUGUAAGAAAACAAUCUGUGAAAAGAUACUGGUAAUUUUCUGCCAGGCUGACAUUUACUUUAACCCUUAAACAGUGUGAUGUGUAAUUCAAAAUAGGGGUAAAACACCUGUGAAAAACAGAAAUUUCUUUUAUAAUAACAUCCUAACUAAUAAAAACAUGUUUUAAGAAUGUUCUACUAACAUUCCUAUUAAGUUCUAAAAACAAAUCCUUGAAUGUUCAAAACAUCAAUUUUUUUAAAAACCUCUUUUCUUGGUUGUGUGAACGUUAAGUAAACAUUCCAUUGUAUCAUUCCUCAAACAUUAUGUGAACGUUACUCUUGAGUGUUCUCUGAACGUUCUGAAACAAGUAGCAACAUUUAACAAAAGUUAAACGAACGUCCAACUAUAACGUGUCAGGAAAAAAGUUUAAUCAACGAUGUUUUUGUGCCAACUUUUUGAGAAAAUUAUUAAAGACCAGAUAACAUUGAACAAAUGUUCUAUUAAAGUCCAGUACUCUGUUAGCACAUAUUAUUAGUCUUGCAAUUUGUCGGGGUAAUCUUUACUCAAAAUCUGUACAUUUUCUUCCGCUCUGGAAUGGCGUUCCUUCUCUGAUGACGUCAGUUUGACAGUUGGGUUGAAUCUUCUUAGCCACUCCCCCUAACCGUCAGAAUUAAACCCCGCCCCCUUUUUAAUAUUCUGUUUCACUUGGAAUGCCUGUCAGUUGCAAAUUCCAGUUCAUGGGGACUUUAACGUUACUGGAAGAACGUUUGUUCAUAACUUUGAGAGAACCUUGCCAGAACGUUCUGAGAACGUUCUUUGUUAGCUGGGAUAGAACAAUGUGACCUAUUUAUGUUGUUUGUUUAAAAAAUUAUAAGGACUAUAAAUAGACAGAUCAUAAAGCUAGUGAUAAUCAUAAAGGGAACGCCAUGAAAAUGUUUAUAUGACAUGGAUAUUUUGGCUAAACGGGAGAAAUAUCUGCAGAUGAAUGUCUGACAGGUACAUGUUUGUUGUAACUGAACUCCUCAUGAGAUUUCCGGAGUUGGCUGUGGGAGCCUCUGCUGGACACUGUGUGAAUCACAUCCUCCUCUCACGGAGCUCUGUUCAAAUAUAUCAGUAUUACUCCAAAUAAAGGGAAUUUUUGUGUA